AGCGUUAUCAUACUUGUAUUAUUGGUUGCGGAAGCUAUAGCUAUUGUCAUCAUGGAAAGUUUCAUCAUCUUUUACCAUUCAGCAAUGUUUUCACAGUGCCAGCUGACUCUUGUUGCGAUUGGCUUAAGCCAAGUCGAUCUUAUCUAUCAUGGCUUGUUCGCCAUAACACCUAUCUACCAGAUUCUUUUAUAUUUGGAUGCUUUGCAUCAGAGAAAUACAAUUCAUAUACUGAUAUUGAUCCUUUUUGGUAAGUCCCAAUACCAUUUUCCACUACGCCAAUAUUCACUGAAAAUGCUUGCUAUCAUACGAAAUGAAACCAGCUCUACUAUUUAUUUCAAAGAUACAUUUGACGAGCUGAUAUCCAAUAUGAAACCAUUCGAAUAUGCUUGUUUAGUAUUUGUCCCAGUCUGUUUUCUCUUUAUGGUGGCAGGCAUCAUUUUCCUCUACCGAAGUUUCAAGUGGAACACUUUGACGUACCAUCUUCAACGAUACCCCGACGGAGACAGUUCUUCUUCGUACAAAAAUGCAUUGAUUGCUUGGUCAACUUUCACUAGUCUGCUGAAGCUCGAUUUUUUCUUUUUGCUAGCUUAUUCAGUACAGCUCAUACCAUCUGCCACAGUGGGCUAUGAAGUGCCUGCUUUUGAAGGUGUACUUAUUUUCUGCCUCAGUUUAAUCAUGUUAUCGAUUGCUAUGUAUUCUGCUAGAACCGAAAACAUGAAAUCGUUAAGUUUCUUUUGUUUGGCUUCGAUUGGAUUCAUAGGCUAUUUUGGGUACAGGCUCUUUACGUUUGGUAUCCAUAGAGAGGGAACAACAGGUGAUCCGUACGCGUUCACGAGAUAUAAUUUAGUAUAUGCCACUUUGACCGUCAUCCUCUUAAUGAUAAUGACAUUAGCCACGAGUUUAAUUUGCAUU